AUGGGGCGGGGAUCUAUAGUCCAGUCAAUGUGGCGGGGAUCUAUGGUCAAGUCAAUGGGGCGGGGAUAUAUGGCCCAGGAAAUUAGGCGGGGAUCUAGGGUCCAGUCAAUGUGGCGGAGAUCUAAGGUCCAGUCAAUGUUGCGAGAAUCUAUGGUCCAAUCCAUGUGGCUGGGAUCUAUCUAUGGUCAAGUCCAUGUGGCGGUGUUCUAUGGUCCAGUCAAUGUGGCGGUGUUCUAUGGUCAAGUCAAUAUAGCGGUGAUCUAUGGUCCAGUCAAUAUGGCGGGGAUCUAUGGUCCAGUCAAUGUGACGGGGUUCUAUGGUCCAGUCAAUGUGGCGGGGAUAUAUGGUUCAUUCCAUGUGGCGGGGAUAUAUGGUCUAGUCAAUGUGGCAGGAUUCUAUGGUCCAGUCAGUGUGGCAGGCUUCUAUGGUCCAGUCAAUGUGGCUGGGUUCUAUUGUCCAGUCAAUGUGGCGGGGAUCUAUGUCAAUGUGGCGGGGUUCUAUGGUCCAGUCAAUGAUGCGAGGAACUAUGGUCCAGUCAAUGUGGCGGGGAUCUAUGGUCCAGUCAAUGUAGCGGGGUUCUAUGGUCCAGUCAAUGGGGCAGGGAUCUAUGGUCCAGUCAAUGUGGCGGGGAUCUUUGGUCAAGUCAAUGGGGCGGGGAUAUAUGGUCGAGUCAAUGUGGUGGAGAUACAUGGUUCAGUCAAUGUGGCGAGGAUCUAUGGUCCAGUCAAUGUGGCGGGGAUCUAUGGUCCAGUCUCUGUGGCGGGGAUCUAUGGUCCAGUCAAUGUAGCGGGGAUCUAUGGUCCAGUCAAUGUAGCGGGGAUCUAUGGUCCAAUCAAUGUGGCGGGGAUAAAUGGUCCAGUCAAUGUGGCGGGGAUAUAUGGUGCAGUCAAUAUGGCGGGGAUCUAUAGUCCAGUCAAUGUGGCGGGGAUAAAUGGUCCAGUCAAUGGGGCCAAGAUCUAUGGUCCAAUCAAUGUGGCGGGGAUCUUUGGUCCAGGCAAUUAG